AUGUCACUGACCGACUCUGCUGCUGUAGAUGUGGCUCGUAGCGCAUCUCUUGCCUCUCGCCAACUCGCAAUCCUCCCAAAUGCGGCCCGGAAUGAAGCCCUGACGGAACUCCACAAAGCGCUGGUUCAGCACCGAGCUACAAUUCUCGCAGCCAAUGCGAGGGAUGUGGAGGCUGCUACUCGUGCCGCUGAUAGUGGUUAUAUCAACCACAGUGUCUUGAAGCGAUUGGAUUUGUCUCGACCUGGCAAGUAUGACGAUAUGCUGCAGGGAGUUUUGAGUGUCCGAGACUUGGAGGACCCUGAUGAGGGAUUGACCCUUGAAAGAGUCAGCUGUCCAAUUGGCGUGCUUCUAAUUAUCUUUGAAGCUCGUCCCGAAGUUAUUGCAAACAUUGCCGCAUUGGCUAUCAAAUCAGGUAAUGCUGCAAUUUUGAAAGGUGGCAAGGAGUCCCUAGAAUCAUUUGUGGCCAUUGCAAAUGUUGUCUCCGAUGCCAUUGCUGGCUCACAGGUACCAGUAUCGUCGAUCCAACUUGUCAAGACGCGCGAUGCGAUCUCGUCUCUCCUGGCCCAGGAUUCGCUCAUUGAUCUUGUCAUCCCCCGAGGGUCCAAUGAACUUGUUCGUUUUGUGAAAGACAACACUAAAAUUCCGGUUCUUGGGCACGCGGACGGCCUCUGCUCCGCCUACAUACAUUCGGAUGCCAAUAUUCAUACGGCAGUGAAGGUCAUUGUGGAUUCAAAAACAAAUUACCCAGCAGCCUGCAAUGCCCUGGAAACCCUACUCGUGCACGAAGAUACACUGGACACUAUUUUCCCCGCUGUCGCAACCGCUCUUCUCGACAAGAGCGUCUCCCUCCGCUGCGACGAGGCAUCCAGAGCGGUCUUGAUGAAGUCUUUGCCAGAGCACAAACAUGCUGGAGUGCAAGCAGCUACGCCGGAAGACUACCAAACCGAAUUCUUGGAUUUGGUGUUGGCCGUCAAGACCGUCCCUUCUUCAGCCCCCUCGUCCUCGGCGGUUGAGGCUGCCAUCGAGCACAUCAACGCACAUUCAUCCAAGCACACCGAAAUCAUCUUGACCGAGUCUCAAGAGGUGGCAAACUCAUUUAUGAGUGGCAUCGAUAGCGCUGGAGUCUACUGGAAUGCAUCAUCUCGGUUUGCAGAUGGAAUGCGCUACGGAUUUGGGACAGAAGUGGGAAUUAGUACCAACAAGAUCCACUCCCGGGGCCCCGUCGGGCUUGAGGGCCUGACCAUCUAUAAAUAUUUGAUCCGGGGCAAUGGCCAUGUAGCUGGAGACUACCACGAUGGCGAUGGUGGACGGAAAUUCCUUCAUUCCAACUUGCCCUUUUAG